AUGGUCUUCGAUAUUGUGCAAAAGAAGGCCACCAGCUCGAGGUCAGUUGGUGAUGAUUUCCAUGGCUAUGUUGAGUUCGAUCUCGGUGAUGAAGACUUUGGCCAGAAGGGAAAAGUCUCCCGGAAAGAGAAGCAAAUCAAAGAGCGCGUGCGACGUGUCCUCACCGGCCCGCCUGCACGAGAUCUGUAUCUCGAAUGCCUUCAACUCAUACUGAGGGAACAGGUGAUGUGGUUGGUCGACGUCAAAGGUCACAAGGCAGAGCUCGAGACAGUAGUUCGCGACCUUUGGGAUCUUCGCAUACGAGGAGCCGCGAGUGCUGCUGAGAACGACUCUGCUUCAGAGGCCGAGCUCUCCCUCUUCAGCUCCCAAAUCGACCUCUCGCAGGACGAGCAACCUAGCAAUCGCACACAGGGAGCACAGAACUGGACCCCCGAGAGUGGGAGCGAGUGGCCCGCUCCGCGACUGAUGGACACUCUAGCGCUCUGCUUUCUUGGGUGCAUGCUUCUCAGAAUGCCGACACGCACAGGAGAUUUGGCUAGGUGGGCGAGGGCGGGAAACAUUCCCUACAAGCAUAGUGUAAGCUUGAGCGUCAAUGGUGUUAAGAGUGUCUGCUGA